UACGCAGAGUGCGUCCAAACCACCUCUCUCCGCGGCGCUUCCGGGCUAGGUACAGAGCUUGCGCGCCUCGGCUCCCGGCUCCGCGCUGCCGCCGCUCCGGCCCAUGGGGAAAGUCGGCCGGGUGGGCCGGCAUUAAACUGAAAAAAAGAUGUCCCUGUAUGAUGACCUGGGGGUGGAGACCAGUGAUUCAAAAACAGAAGGCUGGUCCAAAAACUUCAAACUUCUGCAGUCCCAGCUUCAGGUGAAGAAGGCAGCUCUCACUCAAGCGAAGAGCCAAAGGACAAAACAAAGUACAGUCCUUGCCCCAGUAAUUGACCUAAAACGAGGCGGCUCUUCAGAUGACCGGCAAAUUGUGGACACACCACCUCAUGUAGCAGCUGGGCUAAAGGAUCCUGUUCCCAGUGGAUUUUCUGCAGGAGAAGUUUUGAUUCCCUUGGCUGAUGAAUAUGAUCCUAUGUUUCCUAAUGAUUAUGAGAAAGUAGUAAAGCGCCAAAGAGAGGAACGACAAAGACAGCGGGAGCUGGAAAGACAAAAAGAAAUAGAAGAAAGAGAAAAGAGGCGUAAAGACAGACAUGAAGCUAGUGGAUUUUCAAGGCGACCGGAUCCAGAUUCUGAUGAAGAUGAAGAUUAUGAGCGAGAGAGGAGGAAAAGAAUACCCCGAGAUUUUCCCUAUGAAGAGGAUUCGCGACCUCGAUCACAGUCUUCCAAAGCUGCUAUUCCUCCCCCAGUGUAUGAUGAACAAGAUAGGCCGAGAUCUCCAACUGGGCCUAGUAACUCCUUCCUUGCUAACAUGGGUGGCACAGUAGCACAUAAAAUCAUGCAGAAGUAUGGCUUCCGAGAAGGCCAGGGUCUUGGAAAGCAUGAACAAGGGCUGAGCACUGCAUUGUCAGUAGAAAAAACAAGCAAACGAGGAGGCAAGAUCAUUGUUGGUGAUGCUACAGAGAAAGAUGCAUCCAAGAAAUCUGAUUCAAAUCCAUUAACUGAAAUACUUAAGUGUCCUACUAAAGUGGUCCUACUAAGGAACAUGGUUGGUGCAGGAGAGGUAGAUGAAGACUUGGAAGUUGAAACCAAGGAAGAAUGUGAAAAAUAUGGAAAAGUUGGAAAAUGUGUAAUAUUUGAAAUUCCUGGUGCCCCUGAUGAUGAAGCAGUACGAAUAUUUUUGGAAUUUGAGAGGGUUGAAUCAGCAAUUAAAGCUGUUGUUGAUCUGAAUGGGAGGUAUUUUGGUGGACGGGUGGUGAAAGCAUGUUUCUACAAUUUGGAUAAAUUCAGGGUCUUGGAUUUGGCGGAACAAGUUUGAUCUUAAAAACCUAGAACACGAGUCACCUCUGAUGAUCCUUAAAUGAGCUACAGGCUGAGCAAAGAAGAAAAAGGCGGCAGCCUCUGUGGCUGUUGGGUUCUGAGACCCUUGGAAGGACUUCUAAGAUACACGUUGAUUGAUUCCUUUUUUAUUUUGUGGUUUUUUAAUAUAGUAUAAAAAUCCUUUAAAAAAAAAAAAAAUCUGUGUGCCUCUCUGGUUGUUUCUCUUUUUUUAUUACCGUUUCUGAGUUGAUUAUAUUUUUUUCCUAGGCUUUCAUGGUUAAUUCUCAAGUGUUUCAUUGAUACAGCAUUUCUUGCACUAAAAACUAGAAAGUUCUGGGACAUGGGGUUGCAUUAAGUUAUCCUUUGCUUUUUUUCCUUUCAUUCUUCUUUUUUUUUUUUUUUUUAAAUCUGCAAGUUACUAAACUGUAGCUUCGUAAAUUCCAUAAUAAAGCAUCUUGGCAGUCUGCCAAAGGUGAAAAUGUCUGCUUUCUCUAACAGAGAAAUUCUUACUGACUCCAGUUGUAGAAAAACUUUACCACCUGAACUAAGAUUGAAGAAUUGUGAGCCUACCACAGCCUGUUUGGAUGAAUCAUUUGCCAUUAAACUAAGUCAGACUAGGGUUUGUGAUGAAUUUAGGGGUUAAAUGGGUGUAGAAAUCAUGAAUCUAGCAUUUUGCUUUCAGCAAUUCAAGCAUAGUCUUUAGUGUAGAUCAGAAAUGACAUUAAUUCAGUACCUAGCAGGUGCAUUGUAAAUGUGUGCCCAAUUAUGUUUUGGAAAUGGCAGUUCCUUGGGGUCAUAUUUCUGCUGGCAAAAUUUUGCAAUAGUGUUACGCAUAUGUAAUUUUAAAUUUUAUAAAAUUCAGCUACUUAAACAGUACUGCCAGUUAAUAUAAUUCUGCAGUUGUGCAAAAAUUGUACCAUUGAAAUGCGGUGGUAUGUAUAGUUUAAAAAUUUAGCAGGACCACAAAAAAGAAAAAUAUUUGGUACUGAGGUUCAUUGCCAGAACAGGAGGUAUUUCCAGAAUAUACUUGUGCCUGUGUUCUGUUCCUUGCUUGCCCAGAUAUCAGACUGCACGAGUUCCCUGAAAUGACAACUGAAGGACAUGUAUCUGUGUUGUCUCUAGUUUAUAACAAUAUGAAAGCAUAUUGUGAUCCUUAAGGGGAGGGAAAGAACUCAGCAUUUCUUUGCAUCCCUGGACUUGGUUUGGAGACAUAAGGAAUAUUCUGACCCUUUUUAAAAAAGGAUUUUCUCAUGUUUUUAUUUAACAUAAAUAAAAGAAUAACGUUUUAUCUUUUGUGGUAUUAUUUACUGAAUCGAAUUAAUACCCAAGUUUUGUGAUAAAAGGUGUGAAUAUUCUAUAAAAUAAGUUUGGGUUAAAGAGUAUACGGCGAAAGAAUUACAUAGUUGAACUUUCGCAGGAUGUAAGAAUCAAAAGCAGCCCUAGAACUUGGACUGUUUAACCUGUGGAAUUAAGUGUAUGAAUGUUAAUAUGGAUACCACAUUUGGGCUUAUAAAUGUCUAAAUGUGGUACGCUGAAUAUUAUGAUGUGUCAGUUUCAUUUGUAUAAACUUUAAUGUUCUUAAGGUAUAAAUUGCACACUGCCCUUAGUACUUGUGUUAUUUUUAUGCUUCAUAAUAUUGUUUAUGUGCAUUUAGAUGGUUUUUUUCCUGACAUUCUCAUGAUCAACAGGAGAAAUGCAAGUGACUUACACUACUGUGGUGUUUACUGGCAUGGGCACAACUUAGUGACUUUCUCCUCAAUUUCUUUGUUAUUUGUCAAAUUAUACAUAGGUGCAUUAAUCAUUUAGUACAUUAUUUGAAUUAAUUUUUAAUAACUGGAAUAAUUCCUAAAAAUCUUCGUGCUUGAGAAAUUUGACAUUUUCAAUAUUAACCUAAAAUAGAAAUAUUUGGUGUAGUAGACUUCAUUCUUGGUGCUCCCUUCCUCCCCACCCACCACCGAAGGAUCUUCUGAAAAUCCUUUCUGGGAAUUUCUCAUAUCAGCUCCACCUCCCUAAGAUAGAGACUCUUGCAGCUGAGGCAGGAGCAUGUACUUCAGGUUGGAAUAGAACUUGGUGAAGAGUCUGUUUUUGCAGUUUGUGGCAAGAAUAGGCACAGUGUUGUCUAGCAUUUGGGUGGCAGUGGCAGACACCUUGGCAUCCAGUAGUGGGAUUUAUCUUUGGUGUGUGUUUGGUGUCUGUGGCAGGGCAGUCUUUGUGGAGCAGUUUCUAGAAUGGUUUGGGAUUGUUUAAAACCCCUAAGCUUGACCCUGGCCUGUCUGGAGAUGCUGUUUGCUAUCUAAUGUUUUAUAAAUUCCUUUUCUGCUUGAACAAGCUACCGUGAGUUCUCCCAUUUGCAGCUAAGAACCCUGAUGAACAAACAAUUUGAUGUCUGGAAUUGCAAAUGACAUAUACCAAAGGAUGAAGGAGUUAGGACAGGAUUAGCAAGGACCCAAGUAUCCUAUGCUGUAAAAUUGGUGAACGUAGUUAUUUGCUGGUGAAACAUUUGCCUGUUGUCCUUUGGAAUUCGGACCAGACUGGCGUUAAGGGAAAUAAUAGAGAAACUAGAGAAUGUUGGCAUGGGUUGGUGACUUCUUAGGCAGUUGUAGUGGCACAGGUUUUGGUGCCAGCCUGCCUGGGUUCAAAUCCUUGGUUCCACCACCUAUUCAUUGUGUGACCAUGUAGCUCGGGUACCUCAUCUGAAAAUGGAAAUAAUAAUCAUAACUACCUCUUAGGAUUGUUAGGGGAAUUCAAUAAAUUGUACAUGGAAGGCAGUGACACAUGCUAAGUGUUAAGUGCAAACUGCAAAGCCAUGCAAAGAGGGAUAAAAUCAGAUUAGAUGACACUGAUUUGAAAGCAGAGUGAAGAAGAAAAUAGAGCCUUGCCUAAGAUACCCUUCUACA